CUUCUUCUUCUUCUUCGUUUUGUUUUGAAGGAGAUUUGUGAUUUUUGUUCUGUUUUGUUUUUUUUGAGUUGAUUUGAUGAAUGAGUUCUUGAUGCAGAUUUAGAAUGUUGUUUCUGUUUGGUUGCCGGGGAAAGGUGAAAAAAAUAGUAAUGGAAAAAACGAGUUUGAAUCUCAUUUUGGGGAUUCUAAAAAUUGGAACGUCACAGUUGAGUAGGGUAAAUAGUUGUGUCAGGCUUAAUUUGGUGGAGGUUGUUCUGUCUGGGAUUCCUAUUUAUGGAAAAUCUGAUGCUGAAGGUUUUGUUUUAUUUUAUUUUAUUUUUCAUUUUCUUGGCUACCAAACAGAGGCAUUGAGGAAUUGAAUAGUUUUUUUGGUAGUAGUGGUUUUCAGGCAUUGAAAAUUAGGUAGCUGCUUGGUAAAAUCUUUGUUUUUAAGAAAACUCACGGGCAGAAUUAAUCACUCCUGUGAUUCAUGUUAACGGGUCAGUUCGAUGAUUGUAAUUCGUUGCCAUCGUGUGGCUAAGAUCCACAAUGGUGAUAGUAAUUGUGGUGAUGAUGAUGAUGACCACGAGGAUGAUGCAGAUGUGAUGAGCUGAAUUUAGAAGGAAUCAUCUGAUUGUAGUUCCUGUGUGUGAAUGUGCCUAUUUUGCAUUUUUAAGUGAAUGGGUUGAAAGAUUUUUAGUUUUAGUUUAGACAAAUGGCUAUUGCUGGUCUACACAAUGUUUCUGUACUCGAUUCCCCCUUCCUUAGGGACUCUCAUUCUCAGGCGUCAGGACAGCAAGCUGAUGAAGUGAGGGUCAGAACACGGGCAUCCUCGCUCCUGCAGAUGUGGCGGGAGCUUGAGGAUGAGCAUGUGGUGAGUCGUACCCAUCAAGAACGAAUGGUCCAACAAAGGAGUGAUGUUUUGAUUUCUGACCUCUCAAGGGAGCAGAUUUCUGAUAGUGAUGAACAUAGCGGUGGUUGGGAGGACAUGAGUGUGAGUGAGAGUGUGUGUGGAACAUGGCCUCAAACUCAAAUUGGCUCGCAGAAUGAACACGUUGAUUCUGGAAAUUUUAACUGUGAACAUUCUUCUGAUUUUGGAGAAAUUGAAAGGGAGAGGGUGAGGCAGAUUUUCCAGGAAUGGAUGAACAGUGGGGCGAGAGAACAAGCACCAAAUGUUUCCCAUAUGAACAACAGCCCUAGGGCAGAGUGGCUUGGUGAAACUGAGCAGGAGAGGGUGAGGAUCAUAAGGGAGUGGGCACAAAUGAAUAGCCAGCAGAGAGUUGCUUCUGAUGACAAUAGAGAAGAACAAUCUGCUGAUAUUGGUACUCAGAUUGAACAGAUUCGUGAUCGAUUGCUUGUUAACCAGAAUGGAGGCCGAAAUGAGCAUAACCGGAGGGGCAUUCGUCGAUUAUGUGGCAGACAGGCUCUGCUUGAUAUGCUGAAGAAGGCUGAGAGGGAAAGGCUAAGUGAGCUUCAAGAUUUGUUGGAGCAUCGGGCUGUAUCACAAUUUGCUCAUCGGAACCGCAUUCAGUCAUUACUUAGAGGCAGGUUUUUGCGAAAUGACCGAUUGGUUGACAAUGAGCGACCUGCUUCCCUGGCAGAAAGUGAACUAGGUUUAUUGAGGCAGAGACCUUCUGUAUCUGGUUUGAGGGAAGGAUUUUGCUCCAGAUUGGACACUUCUGUAUGGAGUCAAGUAAGCAGCAACCAUUCUGAUACCUCAUCUAAUUGUGACAUUAAUAAUAACAGAAAUUAUCAAACUCAAGCAAACAAUGCACAGGAUGUCUUAGAUGAACUUAGUGAACAAUUUGAUCCUAAUAAUGUGGUGAGUAAUAGCCACAGGUUAUUGGAUGUUAGGACUGAUUUAGAGGAUGAUGUUGUUGAAGAUAGUGGAUGGCAUAGAUCUAGUGCUCAUGAAGAAGAGUGGCAGGUACAGCUUUCAGAGAAUGAUGCGUUCAUUGAAAGUAGGGAUGGUACAGGGCAAAGCUUGAACAGAAGCUCACAGGAAAUUGCUGCUAGUGAGUGGUCUGAAACUUUGCUCACUGAACCAGGAGAAAGUUACUUAAUGCAAGAAGCUGGUGAAGAAAUUACCAGACAUUCUGAGCCAAUUAUCGAGGAAAGUUCUAUUCCUGGCUUACCAGAUCAUGUUUAUAACAUGGAAAUAAAUUGGGAAGAAGCUGCUGCUCAGGUAGAACAAUGGCCAGAACAAGUUAUGGAAACUGAUUACAGAGACUCACAACAAGAUAAUAUGGAAUAUAGUGGAUGGAGGGAUGGCAUUAGAGAAGAUAUGGAUGAAAACCAGCUGGGAAGUACUUCUACCCCUCAUGAGUUGGGGAAUGAAGAUAUGGAACAGCCUCAUCUGCAAGAAGCCCCAGAAGUUUGGGACGAUGAUAAUGGUUUUCAAGAGGCUGUGCAGCAUUGGUUGGAUGGGCCUUCUGAUCAGGGAGCUGAUCCAGUUCGAGUAGUAGAUACAUAUUAUUUUCCUGAGGAUGAUAAUGAGCACAAUGUGGAAAUCAGAGAACUCCUAAACAGGAGACGAGUGUCUAAUCUUCUUCAUAGUGGUUUCCGUGAGAGUCUUGACCAAUUGAUACAAUCAUAUCUGCAAAGACGGGAAAAUGAUGCUCCCACUGACUGGGAACUACCUGGAACAUCACCUUCUCGUGAGUCAGAAGAACAAGAUCUUGAGCGUCAGAGUGGAGAUCAGAAUGACAGUCAGAGGGAUGCUGUUGAGAGUCCUUCACUUGCUCUACCUUCAUCACCACCACCACCACCACCACCUUCUCAGCCACUCUAUUAUCCAGAGACACACCAUGAUAACUGGCCACAGCAUGACAUGCAUCAGCGUCUGGGAAUUGAGUGGGACAUCAUUAAUGAUUUGCGGAUUGACAUGGCUAGGCUACAGCAGAGGAUGAAUAACAUGCAGAGGAUGCUGGAGGCCUGCAUGGAUAUGCAACUUGAGUUGCAACGCUCAAUAAGACAAGAAGUCUCUGCUGCCCUGAAUCGCCCUUCUGAUAUUCUAGGAGCAUGUAGGGACGGUUUGCUGAAAGAUGAAUCUAAAUGGGAUUAUGUGAGGAAAGGAAUAUGCUGUGUAUGUUGUGAAAGCAAUAUUAAUUCUUUACUGUACAGAUGCGGGCACAUGUGUACAUGUACAAAAUGUGCAAAUGAGUUGGUCCAAAGUAGAGGAAAAUGCCCAAUGUGUUGGGCACCAGUUGUUGAGAUGAUCCGUGCUUACUCUAUUUUAUGAUGUGAAGAAUAAUUAAGAAAGGAAAGUUGGAUUAACAAAAUAUAUAAUCUCCAGUUCAGUUCUUGUACCUGGACCAUUCUAGGUACUUUUUCUUUUUGGUAGAGAAAAUUCUGUUUUCUGGGGUUGGUUAUUGCCAUAUCUGUCCAGUGUAUGUUUGAAACAAUUGGCAUCUUUGAUUAAUUUAUUCUGACCUGAAUAAAUUUGUUGAGUGAAAAACUUUUCUACCAUAGAAUUUUAUUCAAAGGUAAAAA